AACCUGAUAAUGAAGACAUAAUAAUUGUCCAGGAACCGUCCUCUCCACCAUCACCACCGAGAGGUAAGACAAACGUUCAACAACCAAUAUCAGCUGAAGCGAAGAGCAGUGCAAAAGUUAAUGUUGGAAAAGUGGCAGCAGCCAAACGAAUGCCAGUUAAAAGACAAUUGUGUGGUUGUCCUCCUAGACCAGAAGAAAAAAUAAUUGUUGUCAAUCAGCCUCCACCACAAAGACCCAAAGGCAAAGCAAAAAGGGGCAGAGGAAAGGGAAACGUUCAACAACCUAUUUCCGCUGAGGCCAAGAGUAAUGCGAAAGUUGUUAUUGGCAAAACAGGCAAACGGCGUGUAACUGAACAAAAACGACAAUACUGUGGCUAUCCAACACCUGAACCUGAAGAUAAUGUAAUUAUCGUCAAUCAACCACCACCAAGUGCUCCUCCGCCACAACGACGUCCAAAAGCAAAGGCAAAAACUCAGCAGCCUGUUUCGGCUGAAGCUAAGAGUAGUGCCAAAGUAAAUAUCGGAAAGGCUAAAGGUAAAAAACGGUCGCCUCAGAAAUCUGACGCUAAAAGCGAAUUUUAG